AUGAACGCUCUUCAUCGCAACCACGUCCGCUCCGACGAUUAUGAAUCAACCGACUCAUCCUCAUCCUCCAACACGUCCCGCGACAGGAUCAUCAUCGGUGUCGUGGUCGGUGGUGUAGCCGCCAUAGCCAUCACCGCAGGCAUCCUCUUCGUUCUCUUCAAAAAGCGCAAAUGGGAUCGCAUCCGCCGGUACGAGGAACAGGUUCUAGCCGCCCACGCCGCCGACGGUACAAGCGGGCACGGGUAUAAAGCGUACGGGUUCGCCCCGGGGGACCUGGAACUGGGAGACACGAGGGCCUCAUCGUCGCUAUCGUGGACGUACGGUGGCGCGCCACAGUCGCUGGAGCAGGAAGAGCCGAGUCAGCAUGACAGUCAAAAUCAAAAUCAGAACCAACGCCAAAGUGAAAGGCAAAGACAAGGGCACAGGGAGCGAAGAGAAUCGCACGACUCCUCCCCUCCUCCGACAUAUCAGCCUCUGCCUGUGUACGACCCCUCGCGGUAUUCGGGUAUCGGGAUCAGUCGGCUGCCGGCUGCCGUCAAGCCGUCGUGGAUGAUGGGUAGUCGAGGGCCGAUGGCUAUGUCAGGGUCAGGGCCGGGGUCGAGGAGCGAUCAGCAUCGCCAUUCGACGACGUAUAUCGGGGGGUUGGAUCAGUCGCUUGACCAGAGGGCAGGGUCCUCCCUGAGCAGGUCAUCGCCAGAAGGAUCGCGGUCGUUCGAGUCGGAGGAAGAGAACUUGACUGGUCAAAGGGGGCGAGGACCACGACGACCGAAACCGGUUCUCUCUAGAUUGAUUACCAAUCUGUGA